CACCAGGCACGGAUACAAGACCAAGAGGCUCGUGUUCAGGAGGAGGAGGGAGGGGACGCUCACAACGAGGAGUAUGUAAAGCAAAACGAGCUUUCGUCGGCGCAAAUCGCGGCCUAUUUCAAGUACGGAGGCUACAACCUUGCAGCCAAGGAAGAAGCAGAGAUACAAGACGACAAAGAUAGCCUGCCGGCAGAUUUUGAUGACAAGAUUGCCAAGCAUGCAGACAAUGAAGAUGAUGAAAAUCCUGAAGAAGAGUCACCAGGGCAGUAUUAUGCAGAAGAGUCACCAGGGGAGGUUUAUGCAGCAGACAAUGAAGAUGAUGAAAAUCCUGAAGAAGAGUCACCAGGGCAGUAUUAUGCAGAAGAGUCACCAGGGGAGGUUUAUGCAGCAGAGUCACCAGGGGAGGAUUAUGCAGAAUACAACAAUUAUGACAACUAUGACGAAGGUAAUGCAGUUAAAAUGGAUGGCCCAGGGGAUGGAAAUGAAGGAGACUAUCUACCUGCAGAGUUGGAAGACGACUAUGGCUUCAUAGAAGACUUUGAGAGUUCCCGCGAGGCUGCGGAGGGAGAGAUACCGUCGCAUCAAGCGACCUCUGCUAAACCGUCCAACCUGCAGGACAACGUGUUGAACCUUUUAGUUGUGGAUAGGGAUCAAACUGAUGAGAAAACUCCAGAAUUGCAAAUUUUGGUUCUACAACCGGAUCCGACGAUUCAAGCUACCAACAGCGAGAGGAAAGCGGGAAAUUCUCCCAGGGGAGCAGGGAGACCUCGAGGAGACGGCCGUGGUGAACACGGUGCUGCUAAGGCCUCUGUUCAAGACGACGGGCUGAAUGUCGGGAACAGAGAUCAGAAUACUGGCACAGCCCCCGAUGGACAACAAGGCUUUGAAGAUUUCUUUCAAAAUCUCGCGAAAUCAUAUCCCCAGCCUGGAGGAGCCGGUGGCCAAAAUAACGAGAACCAAUAUUUGGCCAACCGACAUUCUCAGCAAACUAUCGUCGAUGACGAUGAAUCGAGUGAGAGCGUGAUGGAUGAUUUAUUGCAGGGUUUGGUGAUCGUUCCCGUAUCGGAUACGAGCGAUGCUCUAUAUUAUUACACUGGCCGCGCUGGUGGCAACUCUCCCAGUGACUAUGCAUACAAUGGAGGCGGCACUUACAAUAGCGCUGGUCAGUAUGGAUCUGGACCUAACGGGGGUCAG